GCGCACGUGGGUGUUGGAUUACAUGUCUGGCGACACAACUGUAAAACCAAGAGUGGACUGUGCUCAAUAGUUUUGCGGGACUAUAUGUCGUCAAUCCAAACGGUUGGUGUUGGGAGAGGCGAACGCAUCCGGGCGGACGUCCACCUCGCUUCGCUCGGGGUGUAGUCCGUCUCCCCGGCACUCACACACACACACACACACACACACACGGCCGCUUCCAUCUCUCCGUGCAGCCCACUUCAUUGUACUGACUGCGUUAACCAAUUAGGCGAGAAUUAAGCCGUCUGGGGCGCAGUGGUCUCCUUCCAGCGCUUCCAACGGGGACCGACUCGCCGCGGACGGACGCGCCGGAGAAGUUUGGAGUGCGGGGCGACGCGGAGAGACUCGACACGCAGCUAUGCCCUCAGUGAUGGAGCGCUCGGGGGCCGGGGUCCUGUCCAGGAGCCGAGCCAAGACUGUAACCAACGGCAACAGCCAGCCGCACUCUGAGGAAGAGAGCAGCGAUGAAGAGCAUGCUCAUGACAGUAUGAUCAGAGUGGGAGGGGACUACCAGGCUCAGAUCCCAGAGUUCAAACCAGACAGUCCAGCACGCUACAAUGAAAAGGACCAGAGGAGCAUGUUGGUGUGGUGUCCCAACAGUCAGCUGUCUGACGCAAUGUUGGAUGAAUACAUUCUGAUGGCGAAAGAAAAACACGGAUACAACAUGGAGCAGGCCCUGGGCAUGUUGUUGUGGCACAAACACGACGUGGAGCGCUCACUGGCCGACCUCGCCAACUUCACGCCCUUCCCAGAUGAGUGGACGGUGGAGGACAAAGUUCUGUUCGAGCAGGCCUUCAGCUUCCACGGCAAGAGCUUCCACCGCAUCCAGCAGAUGCUGCCAGACAAGCUGAUCUCCAGCUUGGUGAAGUACUACUACAGCUGGAAGAAGACCCGGACCAGGACCUCGGUGAUGGACCGACAGGCCAGGAGGCUGGUCAGCAAGAGGGAGAAAGAUGACAGGCAUGAGAAUCCCUCACACUUGCUAAAGGGGCAUAAUGAUGAUCUGGAGGAAGGAGCAGACCCUGGCAGCGACAGUGACUUUGAGAUUGACAACAAGAAGGAGGCAGUGAAGCAGAACCCCAGCAGCACCAGCUCCGACAAGGCUGCCCCCAGUCGCUCGGGGCCGAUAAAGAAGGAGAACAUCGGGGCUCAGUACCGCCACCACCCGCUUCGAGCUCGCCGCAGGCCCCCCAAAGGCAUGCACCUGGAACAGGGCGACAUCAUGUCCCUCUCCGCCUCCCACGACUCCGGGGUGCUAACUAUACGACAGUUGGACACACAGCUGGUGUCGCUGAAGAGACAGGUUCAGUCCAUCAAACAGAACAACAGCAGUUUGAAACAAAGUCUAAAUGAAGGCGUUGAUACUCUCCGACCUGCCGAGCCCGCCCCAAAGAUGAACUCUCGUUGGACCACAGAGGAGCAGCUCCUGGCUGUGCAGGCUAUCCGUCGUUACGGUAAAGACUUUUCCGCCAUCGCGGAGGUGAUAGGGACCAAGACACCAGCUCAGGUGAGUUCGUUCUUCGUGAGCUACCGGCGCCGGUUCAACCUGGACGAGGUGCUGAGGGAGUGGGCGGCCGAGCAGGUGGCGACCAGCCGAGACCAGAGAGACCCCAGGAGGAGCGGCGAGGAGAUGGCGGCGGCGGCUCCAGACGGAGGCGCAGAGGGCGACGAGGUCAAAAUGGAGGACUCCCCAUCAGACGCUGCCGGCAGCUCCUCUCCCCCCUCCUCCACCCAGACUCCGUCUUCCCUCUCCCAGCCACCCCCGCUGCUGCGCCCCGCACCUCCCUCGGCUCCCCCCAGCCUCCUCCGCCAGCCCCCUCCCCUGCAGACCCGCCCACUCCAGAACCGAGCGCCCCACAACCACCCUCCCCCUCCGCUCAUCCGUCCGGCGGUGACCUCCUCCACCUCCUCGUCCGCCGGGAGCUCCAGCCUCAGGGCCUCGCCUCCCAGUUCCUCCACUGCAGCGGGGCAGUUGCCUCCCUCGCUGGUCGGGCUCAAGGUGGAGCAGUCCUAGUCGCACUGAUGACACACACACACGCACACAACAGUAGGAGUAAAAAAUACACACACGCACGCACACGCACACACACACACACUAGCAUGCAUACACUACACUGUCUCCUUUCUCAGAAAAAAUUCCUCCACCUUAUAACUCCAUUGCCCCUCGCCUUCGUCAUUUGGGCCAUGACACGUCACAUGACCACGCUGUGACUGAGUGUGAUGGGCCCCCUCGACGGGUCCACUCCACUGGUGAUCUGAGGCUCCUUUACUGUACCGACAAACACCUACCUCCAGACCAUAGUCCUCUAGUGUAACACACACACACACACACACACACACACACACACACACACACACACACACACACACACACACACACACACACACACACACACACACACACACGUGCUGGGAACUCAAAACGAACACUACCUGCAAUCACCUCCCUGAACAAGACAGAGACACUGGAUCAUCAAGCUCUUGAAGCCACGACCACAGUGAGCAAACCCACCUGCCCGUCUCCAUGGCAACUGUUGAACAUCUGGAUUGUGGAGGAGUGUGGUUGAACCCACACACACGCACACACAAAAAUAUAUAUAUAUAUAUACUGUAGGUUCCACUGGGCAGGUAUGAAGUCAUCCAAACAGCAUUCAGGUAAAAACAAACAAUGAAUAAAUGUGGGGGAGGAAAAGAGGAGAAACCCUGAGGAAGAGUUUCCCCCUCGCCAGAGCCAAAUCAGCUCCUCCCGAGAGGUCGCGUAGAUUAGAAACUCCUUCACGCCGUGAUGGAAUCCGCCUUUUUCCUUUGAGCUCUGCUUUAAACCUUGACCCUCAAAGAGGAGCGAGCAGGUACGUCUUUUCAAAGAACCCGCGCUUCAUAAUCAAAGCCGCGGCUUUUAAUUGGGCAAAAAAGUAAAGAAAAUGGAAAAAAGAAGAGCAAGAGAUCCCAUCCUCUCCCUCUUCGGCCAUAGCCAUGUAUAACUAGUAUUAACUGGAGUGAUGUUUUCCUGUUUCCUUUGACUAGACCUUUGAGGGUGAGCCCUAGAUAGGCAAGUUAGUUACUGUAAGUAGUUUAGGUAGUGCAUACUUUAUGAUGAUGAUGACUAUUGACCGAGCACGAAGGGGGAGGAGUCUUUCAACAUGCCACUGGACGGUUUCUGGGUCCCGUGUCGGCGGUUUCCUCUGCUUCAUGUCCGUUCGACUUCCCGGGGAAGACUUGUCAGUCGUGAAGAGCCCCGAACGCCGGCCGCCGUGAAGAGCAGCAGCUUCUGUGUAACGUGUGCGACUGUUCAAACUCUGCCGGGAUGACGUUUUGUCUACACUGAACAAGAAAAAAAGGAAAAUGUUCUGCCAAAGUCUCGUUAUAUUGCUUUAAAAGCACAUUGUUUUCUCUCCAGUCUCCAGUUCAGCUGACGAGCAUCAGAGGAGGGAUCUGACGGGAAACAGUGUUUGCUUAGGUUCGACAUGUCGGAGAUAUUUUUUUGGGAAGUAAUUUAUUCACUUGUCUGUGGAGUUUAACUAAAUGGAAAGACGCCAACUUCCGUAUGAAGCUGACGCCAGCGGCUGGCAAACUUGACAGCAAUCUAAAUCUGUGAUUAAGACUUUACUUUUUUUAAUUUAUACAACACAAUAAAGACAAGUUGACCUUUACACGCUCUUUUAUGGAUUUAACAAAUGAACCGGUCGGAUCUCUUUCCUUUGGACCAAGUGUUUCCCUCCGUCUCCAGUCUUAACGCCGUCUGCUGGUGGAAGCCUCAACUAACUCACGGACACCAAGCGCGUCUGAGUCGUCUCUCGGCAAGACGGCGAAUAACGUCUGACCUUUCGUUUAAGGUUAAUGUUUCAGUGGGACGUCCAAAUAACCGCUGGAUACUUCAGCCAGCAUGUGAAGGUCAUUCCAGAAGUGUGUAUUUGACCUUGUGAAGCUUGUGAAGCUUGUGUGUGUCCCGGUGCCUGGGAAGGAGUUUUCUGCUGUAAAGUCAAACCAGUUGAUUCAUUUCCACAUUGAACCGUCUGGGAAAAACGCUGCACUUUCCCCCCCAGUCCCUGAACGGCUCAGGUUGUGACGGAACAGCAUCGUCCGGUGAGACCAUCAGUUCUUACUCCCGUUUGCUGUAUCACACCGUUAUUCAAAACUGUGUUCAGUGCUGCUGCUCCCACACAAACACACACUCGAACACUCAUCACCUGCUUUCGUUAGCAGACGCCUUCAGCGUUCACUCUGCCGAGGCGCCGAGCCCGAGGGGAUGGAAGCGCUUCGCCUUUUCACUUUGCCUCGACUCCUUUCCUUCCAUUUUUGUCCCUUUGUUUCAAGAACUGCUCGUGUGUUCUGUACGUGAGAAGCUGUUUACAUUGUGGAAACUGAACUGUUUGUGUUUGACAGAUUGUUUUGUUUUUUAUUUAGAAUAAAGAAAUGACCAAAUGCUA